GGCUUCAGACGAUCCGGAUCUGCAGAGGAUCCCGGUGGAACCCGGUGAAUCCUGUCGGAACGUAUCUUCUCUUUGGCGUUAGUUCGACCUACGAAGGGGAUUUAAAGCGCGUUCUCGACGACACCUUGGAUCUCAGUGGAGCAGCCAUGGGCAGUAAGACUCUGCUCGCACCCAUUCCUCUCCAUCCUUCACUGCAGCUGGCUAACUGUGCCUUUGUCCAAAGCUCCACGGGCCUUCAGGUGCCAGCCGAUCACUUCCAGAGCAUCUACAGCUUCAGUGCUCUGCACGCCGUACAUCUCCACCAGUGGACACUGGGGUACCCGCCUCUUGCCCUGCCACGCUGCACCCUGUCCAAGCUGCCUGCCCACUUCUCCACCAUGGCCUCUAUCCCCAUUUUCCCUCACUUCUUCCAGUCCAAACAGGACUCCGCAGGGUUACUGCAGACCUCCAAGAACAAGCCCCGCUUUGAUUUUGCUAACCUGGCAACAGCAGCCACCCAGGAUGACCAUGUGAAGGCGGAAGACCUGAGCAGGAUGGGUGCUGCUAACAUUCAGGGUUCAUCUCACCGCGCAAGCACAGCCAACCUGGGAUGUCUCCUGGAUGUGACCAAACUCUCCUCACCAGAGCGCAAGUCUGGUCGAGGCCGGCUGCCAUCAAAAACCAAGAAAGAGUUUGUUUGCAAGUUCUGUGGUCGCCAUUUUACCAAAUCCUACAACCUGCUGAUCCACGAACGGACGCACACCGACGAGAGGCCGUACACCUGUGACAUCUGCCACAAAGCCUUCAGGAGGCAGGACCACCUCCGGGACCACAGGUACAUUCACUCCAAAGAAAAACCCUUCAAGUGUCAGGAGUGUGGGAAGGGAUUCUGUCAGUCAAGGACUCUGGCGGUACACAAAACAUUGCACAUGCAGGUGAAGGAUCUGAAGCCAGCAAAGAUCAAGUGAUGGAUUCCACCAGCAGAGAAGAGCCACACGCUGGGACCACAUGACCAAAGACUUUGUCCUCCGCCAGGGGACGCGUGACGCCCUGACUCAACAAUGAACUACUUCGCCAGCAGGUUCACAGCUGCAGUCCAACCCAAAGGAGGGCUUUGAGAUGAUGCUGUGUGGAUCUGUGGGAAAGAACCAGAAGAUCAGGAUGCAGAGACACGACACGUUUUAUAAUCACAUUAGACUGAUCAAAGCCAUUUAAGAUGUUUUCUAUGAUAUUCCUCCACAGAUAACACUAUAGCUACAUGUAUGUUUGCACUUUAACUUGAUUAUUGAUUAUUGACAUGUACCACUGGAUUUCUAAAACGUAUUUUCAAAUCAAAUAAUCAUUUCUAAAUAAAAUAGUUUACCGCUGCA